AUGGAACUAUUAGGGGUAUUGAGAGUAUCAGUACGGUUAACGGAAUAUAAGGAUUAUGGAGAGUUAACGGAAUAUAAGGAUUAUGGAGAGUUAACGGUAUAUAAGGAUUAUGGAGAGUUAACGGUAUACAAGGAUUAUGGAGAGUUAACGGUAUAUAAGGAUUAUGGAGAGUUAACGGAUUAUGGAGAGUUAACGGAAUAUAAGGAUUAUGGAGAGUUAACGGUAUAUAAGGAUUAUGGAGAGUUAACGGUAUAUACGGAUUAUGGAGAGUUAACGGUAUAUAAGGAUUAUGGAGAGUUAACGGUAUAUAAGGAUUAUGGAGAGUUAACGGUAUAUACUGAUUAUGGAGAGUUAACGGUAUAUAAGGAUUAUGGAGAGUUAACGGUAUAUACGGAUUAUGGAGAGUUAACGGUAUAUAAGGAUUAUGGAGAGUUAACGGAAUAUAAGGAUUAUGGAGAGUUAACGGAAUAUAAGGAUUAUGGAGAGUUAACGGAAUAUAAGGAUUAUGGGGAGUUAACAGAAUAUAAGGAUUAUGGAGAGUUAACGAACUAUAAGGAUUAUGGAGAGUUAACGAACUAUAAGGAUUAUGGAGAGUUAACGAACUAUAAGGAUUAA